CGCAAGACUGUAAACAAACAUGGCGGAAGAAAACAAUCUUGGAGCUAGCCUGUUGAUUUUGGCGUCCAGCAUGCUAUAUAUCCUUGCUAUUAUACGAAGAAGACGAGACAAGAUGAACAGGAGAAAACAUAGAUUUUGGGUGAGGAGAAUUUAUCAGAAGAGAGAGGAGUUAGGAGCUUAUCAUACCCUUGUAAGAGAACUUCGCAUUCACGACCGAGAAUUUUACUUCAGAUUCACAAGAAUGACACCAGAACGUUUUGAGCAAUUUCUCUCACUUGUUGGCCCACUGAUAGCCAAAAGAAAAUGUCAAUCAAGAAAAGCAAUCUCUGAAGCAGAGCAAUUAAUGAUUACUUUAAGAUAUUUAGCUACUGGUGACUCUCAACAAUCACAUUCGUUUUCAUUCCGAAUUGGUAGAGCAACUGUGUCAAAAAUAAUAAAGGAAACAUGUGAAGCCAUUUGGGCAGUGCUGAAGAUUGAAUAUCUUAAAACUCCAGCAACACAAAGUGACUGGUUGCAUAUUGCCAAUGAGUUUGAGAAGGAAUGGAACUUCCCAAACUGUAUUGGUGCACUUGAUGGGAAGCACAUUAUGAUGGACUGCCCAAAAAAUGCUGGAUCCGCAUACUACAAUUACAAGGGAUUUCAUAGUAUUGUGUUGUUAGCCGUAUGCGAUGCAAAUUAUUGCUUCACAAUUGUAGAUAUUGGAGAUUUUGGGAGCACAAAUGAUGCAAGUGUACUUUCAAGAUCUGAGUUCGGACAAUGUCUUGAAGACCAUCCCUCAGAAAUGCAUCUCCCAAGCUCUUCCACUCAUGGAGGUCACAAUCUCGCUUAUGUUUUAGUUGGUGAUGAUAUUUUGAAACCAUGGUUAAUGAAGCCAUAUCCUGGGAAAAAUAUGUCAGAAUUUGAAAGGGUAUUCAAUUACAGACUUUACAAGAGCAAGACGCACUAUUGA